CAGAAAGUUGUUUUGUAGUUUUGUUCUCUCUACAUAUUGCUCAUAAUAGAGAUAAUGAUACUCAGUCGGGAAACAAUGUUGCGGAUGAUAUGAGUGAGGAUGACUUAUCUUCUGAUGCAUCACCUUUUUCUUCGGGGAACUCAAAUGGUAGUCCGGUCGUUUUCAAUAUCACCGAUAGGGACAUGGACGACGAAAUUAUAAUAGUUCAGAGUUCACCCCCUGAAGAUAGCCCACCUGAUAAGCGAAAACCACUUUUGGAGAAUAAUAAUAAUAAGAAGAAGAGAAAGGUUACAGAGGACGAGGAAAACAAAAUGGAGGAGGAAUCAGAUGGGAAGGAGGACAACGCAGACAAGGAGGAAGAGGAUGGCAGUGAGGAGGAGGAGGAGGACAGUGAAGAGGAGGAGGAUGAUGAGUGAAGUAUACUUUCCUAUGUAGUUUUUUUUAUAGUGGCACCCUUUCUUCUUGCUCUUGGGAAAGGUUUAGCAUUUAGCCGCUUAGUAGUUUGUUUCAAGAAGCAAUGGUGGGCUCUCAAUAGCUGCCUUGUGAGCAAUUCCGUGUACGCCAUUAUCCUAUCUAGGGUAGCAUUUAGGAAA